GCUCGGCCGGCGGCCGGGAGAGGACCAGACCGGAAGCGGUGGUUCCCAUGGCAACCCCUGAGCCAGUUGCCUGGGCGAUGACCCCUCUCGGGCUCCUCUGAAUCUCCGCCGGAGCGUCGCUUCCAAGGCCGCUCUAACCGAGCCUGGACUGCCUCCUGCCAUGAUUCCCGGGAAAUACCGCUCCGUUUCUGGCCGCUCAGCAAACAACGUGAAUUGUGGGCUUCAUCUUGUUAUUCAGACCUCAUCGCUUCCUGAAAGAAACAAAGUUGAAUUCAGACUAAAUAAAGAGGCAUCACCAUUUCCUGGUCGACUCUUACAACAUGACCUUGAAAGAAACUACUCUAGCAGACAAGGUGAUCAUAUUAAUUUGGUGAGUUCAUCAAUGCCAUCCUUUCCCAUUCUUCAACGUUCUUCCGAAGAGAAAAUUCUUUACUCAGACAGGUUGACUCUAGAAAGGCAAAAGCUGACUGUAUGUCCUAUUAUCGAUGGGGAAGAACACCUUCGUUUGUUGAACUUUCAACACAAUUUUAUAACUAGGAUCCAAAAUAUUUCUAAUCUACAGAGACUAAUAUUCUUGGAUUUAUAUGAUAACCAGAUUGAAGAAAUUAGUGGACUUUCUACUCUGAGAUCCCUCCGUGUCCUUCUGCUGGGGAAAAACAGAAUAAAGAAAAUCUCAAAUCUGGAGAAUUUAAAAAGUUUAGAUGUCUUAGACCUUCAUGGAAAUCAGAUUACCAAAAUUGAAAAUGUCAAUCAUUUGGGGGAUUUGAGAGUAUUAAAUCUUGCCAGGAACCUUUUAAGUCAUGUUGAUAAUCUUAAUGGACUGGAUUCAUUAACUGAACUUAAUCUGCGACACAAUCAGAUCACUUUUGUGAGAGAUGUGGAUAAUUUGCCCUGCCUCCAGCGUCUGUUUCUCAGCUUCAACAAUAUAGCUACUUUUGAGAGUGUUUGCUGCCUUGCUGAAUCCACUUCUCUCUCAGACAUCACUUUUGAUGGCAAUCCAAUAGCUCAAGAGUCAUGGUACAAACACACUAUCCUUCAGAAUAUGAUGCAGCUGCGCCAGCUGGACAUGAAGAGAAUCACGGAAGAAGAAAGGCGUAUGGCAUCUGUUGUAGCCAAAAAGGAGGAAGAGAAAAAGCGGGAGAGUCAUAAGCAAUCCUUGCUUAAGGAGAAGAAAAGGUUAACAAUAAACAACAUAGCUCGAAAGUGGGACUUGCAACAGCAGCGAAUAAUCACUAUUGCUACAAAUCAAGAUAGAAAAGAUUCUGACUCAUCUUCUCAGGAACCCUGUCAGACUGAUGGAGGCACCAUUUCUGCAUUUCCAGAGGACACAGG